GUCCGCCAGCGCCACCUAGAGGGCAGUGGAGGCGAGGAGGAGGAGGCGGCGGCACGGCCUCUACAGGGGGAAGAGGAGCCAUGGUGGACAAGCGGCGCGAGUCCGGACGACAGCAGGAGGCCAACCAGCGGCGGGUACUGGACCAGGCGACACGGCAACGGCGCAUCAACCGGCAGCUGGAGGCGUUGGAGAAGGAUAACUUCCAGGAGGAUCCGCAGGCGAGCCUGCCGGCUGUGAGCACCAAACGCCUGCCACAGUUCAGCGAUGACACGCCAACAACCAACAAGAAGAAAAAGAAGACCAGAGGGGAGCACUUCAAACAGCGCUUCCGCAAAACCUUCCAGACGCUGCUGGAGGAAGAGAACUUGAGCGUGAGCACAGAGGCCAACUACCUUACAUCGUGCGUGCCGGCGUCGAAGCUGCCUCAGCGCCACUUCUGCGUGGUGUGCGGGUUCCCGUCGCCGUACACGUGCGUGACGUGCGGCGCUCGCUAUUGCUGCAUCAAGUGCCUUGGCACCCACCGUGACACCAGGUGCCUGAAGUGGACGGUCUAAAGAUGGCAGCCACCAAAACGGAGAGUGGCCACUGCAGGCCCGUAUGACGUCUCGGCCGCUGCAGAUGCGUGACGUGGACGCUAUUACCCCCCUCACGAGCCCCUCCACACAAUCCUUCCCCUGUGCUGAUAACAAUCCCAGUGUUGGCUACCGGUGCGCCUCCUCUUACCCUUACCCACCGUCACCCGGUCAGUUCUGCACCACGGGAUGUAAAACUGGCGGGGUUGAGGACCGGGUGACUGAAGUAAAGGGGGGGCAGGGAUUAGUGGAAGGGCUUCCAUCCCGAGAGGAGCACCGCGAGCCUCUUGGCAUGCACGCCUGUGCCCCACGGUGUUUUCUGAGAAGCGCUUCUCCGCAUUUCGCUCGUACCAAAUAUACAGCACCUGUAGCCGAUGCGCAACACACAGCAUGGCGAUACUGUAGAAUGUAACCGUCGAGAGGAGCCUACGUCUCAUAGAAUGCGGUGUCCAUAUCUGCAUGCACUGGCUGACGCACAGCGCUGAUGUUUGCUAAGCAUCUAUGGCUGCAGCGAUCCCACGUCGUACGUUAUCGCCCGAUACUUGAAGAGGUCUGCACAUCCCCAUAGUUGUUCACUUUGCCAGUUGUCCGAGCGUGCGGCGCACGCAUUCACUGAGCGAGACACGGCAUGGAAAGGCUGCCCUCGGCAAGCCUGCGUGGUGUGGGGAGGACGUCGGUUGGCCUCCUCCAUGCCAUCUUUCACCGCAGGGUUUUGUCUGCGCCUGCGGAGUCAUUCGUGCCUUUAGGCCGGAUUGUUGCACCGCGCCAUAUGCACCGCGAGCUUACGACGGGCGGUGUGAUUGAAAAUACCUGUGUGGGGUUGGGUGCCGAGUGUUCACGCUCUCUCCCUCCCUGAGUGCGUGCUGAGCAGCACUGUGAGCUCCCAAUCCCCCGCUCAGAUCCCCAUAGCGAUGCCACGACAACACAAAACUUAUCGUCCGUGUGCCUGGCCGGCCGUUAUGUGAGCUUAUACAUGUAGAUUUUUGUAAUCCUGCGUUAAACUUGAAAUCUUGCUACACGGAAGGCAGCGCGUACUGUGGUUGUCGCCUUCAGCUGUACUGUUGCAUUAUGGUCACGUCAUUGGUCUGUGAGGAGAUGGAGCUGAAAUGUGAUGUUGAGCAAUGAAACUCUUUGAGUUUUAUCAAUCUUCCAGCUGCUAUUAGUUUCAGGGAUGCAUAUGUAAAGCUGCUUUGCGCUUGGUAUAAAUAUGUAUACUCUGUGCCUUAUCCAUGGUUUUGCUUACAUAUAGCGAAGCCUUUGCCCAUUCUCCGAAUUGAGGCAUUUCUCCUAAACACUGACCAAUAUGUUUUUGUUUCAUUUAAAUGGAAACUCCUGCAAUUCCUUUUCUGUAGUUGAAAAAAAUUAAACUUUCAAAAAUAU